AGAGGAGGUGGGCCGCUGCUCUGGCUACCGCAGCAGUAAGCGUUGGACACACAAGAGUUGCUGCCACUCCUGCAACGCCAGCUACAUCGCACCAUUAUGAAGUCUUUAAUUUUGACUGCUUUCGUCUUUUGUCUUUUUCUUCUGGUGCAGGAAGAAGUGGUUGGAGAGCAAAAUCCGUUAAAUGGUCAAAACAGAACAAUUGUAAAUGUGCGCAAGAGAGACAGAGGUGCUGAUCCACACAACAAUCAUGGAAAAGGUGACGUAAACAACAGGGCAAAUGAUGCUGGAAAACUCCGUCCGAGAAUCAGUGAGGUUAAUGUUAGUCCUGAUAAACUUAUGGAAGCAGAAGCAAGUCACCGUGUCCAGAACCAUAAAAAGAAUCGUCAAAUUAGGAAUAAGAAAAGAACUGAAAUUGUCAAGAAUCGGGAAAAUCGUCGCCAUACCAAGAAUAAGAAAGAACCUAGACGUGUGAAAGGUAAACAUCGUCGUACCAAGAAUAAGGAAGACAAUGGUCGUGGCAAGAAGACAGGCCUACAUGCCAUGAAUGGAGAAAAGCUUCAGGGUGGAAAAAAUGCUAAACAUUUCCGCCCUAAUGGAGGAAAAUUCCCAGGUAGACAGAAAAAAAGUAAACUUCAAGACGGUAAACGCAGGAGAAAGAAAGAAAGAAAAGGAUCAUCACAUCAAGAGAGUGGAAUAAGUAAUGGCGCUAAGAAUAGCGCUAAGGUGAAGAAUGAGAAUAACGCUGGAAGAAAGCGAAAUGAGAAAUCCCAGAGGCACAAAAACGGUAGUCGUCAAAAGACAAAAGUCACUAAAUCAAAGCAAAGAAAAUCAAGAAAGCGUCAAGACAAGGUAAAAGCAACCAAAUUAAAAAUGAGCCAAAAGAAAACCAGAAAAACGAAAAAAGGCAACAGAAAUAAAGUUGUGAAAAGGAAACAAAAGCUUAAGAAAAAUACCAAGAAACUUAUGAAAGGCCACAAAAAUAAAGCUGUGAAAAGGAAACAAAAGCUUAAGAAAAAUACCAAGAAGCUUAUGAAAGGCCUCAAAAAUAGGAAAACUGUGACAGGCAAACAUAGCAAAAAAACAUCAAAACAACGAGGGAAGAAAUUAAAGAAACACAAAAGCAAAGUCAACAGCAGAAAGAGAGGAGAAAACAAAAAACACAAGAAUGCAAAACAGAAAAAUAAAAACAAAAAUUACAGUGGGAAACCUGGCAGAAGUUCAGUAACGAAAAAGGAGCACAGAGAACAAAGUCCCUCUCGUUCCGGCGGCAACCAUAAACAAGAGUCCAGGAUAAAGUGUAAAACUGCUAAGAAGUGCACUAAAGCCGGAGGGAAGUGUCAGCCGAAAGGCAAGUGCAAGACCAAAGUUGCUGCAAAAAAAUGCAAGGGUACAUCAUGCGAAUGCUGUCUCUCAGCUUGUGCAAUUAAACCUAAAAAGAAAUGCACAAAGAACAAGGGCGUGUGCAAGACAAAGUGCGACGUGAAGGAGCGACUGAUUGCCAAGGGUUGCAUGAAGAAGAAGUGUGUGUGUUGUGCCAAGCCUUGCAAGCCCACGACAGUGUGCACCUCUCUAGGAGGUUACUGUGUGCAGAGCAAGAAGUCCUGUGUUGGUUUGGUCGACAAGGAUGAAUGCAAGGGAGCCAAAUGCUUCUGUUGUUAUCCAAUAACAACGACCACCACCUCUACAGUUACAACUCCGCCAACAUCCACAGUAGCUGCUACAACAACAAAUGCAACUGCUGCAGUUUCAACAUCCAAUACAACUACUACAACAUCAUCUAAUACAUCUGCUACGACAACAUCUAAUACAACUACGACAGCAUCAAAUACAUCUGCUACGACAGCAUCUAGCACUACUGCUACAACAUCAACAACUAAUACAACUGCUACAGCAUCAACAACUAAUACAACCACUACACUAUCAACUAGUACAACCGCUACAACAUCAACAACUAAUACAACCGCUACAACAUCAACAACUAAUACAACCGCUACAUCAACAACUAAUACAACUGCUACAACAUCAACAACUAAUACAACCGCUACAACAUCAACAACUAAUACAACUGCUACAACAUCAACAACUAAUACAACUGCUUCAGCAUCAACAACUAAUACAACUGCUACAACAUCAACAACUAAUACAACCGCUACAACAUCAACAUCUAACACUGCUACAACUACAUCCACCAACGCUACUCUGGCUAACCUCACUGCGGAGCUCAACCAACUGCUCUCUGCCAUAAAUACCACAAAUCAAGUGAUUGCGUCUCUUCAAACCAUGCUAACUCUACUCACAAAUCUUGCUAACGCAAUCAAUGCUUCGAUUAUCGGAAGGAGAAAGCGUGACACCCCGCAAGAUAUCCUGGGGAUUGUUGGGAUUACUGCAGAAAUAGAGAUCGCGAUUUUACAAGGGAACACCAAUGGUUUAAAUCUACUAGCUGCCUCACUGAACACGAAGCAAAGCAGUGUGAUACAAGCAAUACAGAUGUAUUCCAAUGGGACUUUGUCAAAUAGUAACAACCUUCAAGUGGCCGUCAUAACAGCCAUUCUCAACAUAAAUACUUGUCUAAACAUUGCAGGAGCACUGAGAAGCAGCCAGUCAAGCAGUAUAGCAAUCAUACAGGUACAAAUCAGCGCACUAGGGGGAACCACGGUCACUGUGCCAACCGUCUCUGUCAUCAUACCCACCUUCAUUACUGUUACAGUUGCCUCCACGAGCACCACAACCCCAGCUAGUACUACAAAUUCCGCAAGUACAGUUUCAACAGGUACAGCAACUUCAACAGGUACAACAACUUCAACAGGUACACCAACUUCAGCAGGUACACCAACUUCAGCUGGUACAACCUCAGCAGGUACACCAACUUUAGCAGGUACAACCUCACCAGGUACAGCAACUUCAACAGGUACAACAACUUCAACAUCUUCACCAUCAACCACCACAAUUAAUGCACCAACGACAACCACCAAUGCGACGCUCACUAACCUCACUGCACAACUCAACCAACUGUUAACUUCCUUAAAUGCAACAGAUCAAGCGAUUUUGGCCCUUCAGUCCAUUGAAACUGUACUUACCAAUCUUGCCAACGUAGUUAACGCGUCCAUUGUUGGAAGAAGGAAACGAGAUAUCUCAACAACGAUCCUGACCAUUGCGCAGAUUACCACAAGCAUGCAAACCGCGAUAACCCAAGGAAAUGAUAAUGAUCUAAAUAGUCUAACACUCCAACUAACAACAAUACAGGUUACGGUGGUACAGACAAUACAAAUGAUAGUCAGUAGGACAUAUAUACCCAACGCUGGACUUCUAACUUUUGUGCAAUCAACAAUUACCACCGUUUCAACGUGUAUUAGUGUCGCAGUAACUAGGAGGACUCAGGUGCUGAGUAACAUUAACAACGUACAGAAACAAAUCAUCCAAAGAGGAGGAACAACUGUUACUGUACCACCAGUACCAUCUGUUGUUGUUACCACCAUCACUUUUCCUGUAACUACCACUCCCGUUGUUGUAACCACUACUCCCGUUCUUGUAACCACUACUCCCGUUCUUGUAACCACUACUCCCGUUCUUGUAACCACCACUCCUAUUUAUGUAACCACCAAUCAGGUUCAUGUAACAACCACUACCGUUGUUGUAACCACCACUCCUGUUGUAACCACCACUCCUGUUGUAACCACUACUCCCAUUGUUGUAACCACCACUCCCGUUGUUGCAACCACUACUCCCGUUCCUAUAACCACCACUCCUGUUGUGGUUACCAUUACUCCCGUUGUUGUUACCACCACUCCUGUUCAUGUAACCACCAUGCCUGUUGUUGUAACCACCACUCCUGUUUAUGUAACCACCAACACUGUUAUAGAAACUACUACCACUAGUACUGAAACUUCGACCACUGGUACUGGAAACACCACCACUGGUACUGAAACCACCACCACUGGUAUUGAAAUUACCACCAUUGGUACAGGAACCACCGCCACUGGUACUGGAACCACCACCACUGGUACUGGAACCACCACCACUGGUACUGGAACCGCCACCACCACAACUGGUAUUGAAACUACCACCACUGGUCCUGGAACCACCACCAUUGGUACUGGAACCACCACCACUGGUACUGGAACCACCACCAUUGGUAUUGAAACUACCACCAUUAGUAGUGAAACUACCACCACUGGUACUGGAACCACCACUACUGGUAUUGAAACUACCACCAUUGGUACUGGAACCACUACCAUUGGUACUGGAACCACCAACACUGGUACCGGAACCACCACCAUUGGUACUGGAACCACCACUGCUGGUACUGAAGCCACCACAACUGGUAUUGAGACUACCACCACUGGUACUGGAACCACCACAGCUGGUACUGAAGCCACCACAACUGGUAUUGAGACUACCACCACUGGUACUGGAACCACAAUCACUGGUAUUGAAACUACCACCACUGGUAUUGAAACCACCACCAAUGGUAUUGAAACUACCACCACUGGUACUGGAACCACCACCACUGAUACUGGAACCACCACCAUUGGUAUUGAAACUACCACCAUUGGUAGUGAAAUUACCUCCACUGGUACUGGAACCACCAUCACUGGUAUUGAAACUACCACAACUGAUAUUGAAACCACCACCACUGCUGCUGAAACCACCACAACUUGCCACUUGCCUUCUGGAGGCUCAGGGAAGACUCCAGGCUGUCCUACCUGGGCCACUAACUGGAGCCUGGAGAUCAGAGUGGCCAUAUCACUAGCUCAUGUGCUUCACAAGAUAGUUGUGCCGCCUGAGCAGCUAGUUUAUUAUGCACCCGCAGCUUAUCUUCAGUCAAGCUAUGGCACACCUAGCAAUCGAGCUAUGGCACACCUAGCAAUCAAGCUACAGCCAUCUAGCAGUCAAGCUACGGCACACCUAGCAGUCGAGCUAUGGGACACCUAG